AAACGAAAGAAAUGCGCGGUGAACAUUUAUCUCUAGGGGUCGCCAAAAAUUUUCUCUCUACAAAAGGGGUCGCAGUCGAAAAACGUUUGCGCACCACUGAUCUAGGAGACUACCACGAUCUCUAUGUAAAAAGCGAUGUUUUGCUUCUGGCGGAUAUUUUUCAAAACUUCAGACGACUCUGUCUUAAUUUUUACAUACUGGAUCCCGCACAUAUUUACACAGCACCUGGUCUGGCUUGGCCAGCUGCUCUACGCAUGUCCGGUAUCGAACUGGAGUUACUCACCGAUCCUGAUAUGUAUCUCUUUAUAGAAAAGGGCAUUCGAGGUGGCAUCGCUAUGAUUUCACAUCGCUUCAGCCAAGCCAAUAAUAAAUAUGUGGAAAAUUUUGACCCAACGAAGCCAUCAUCUUAUAUUAUGUCUUUGGAUGCCAAUAACCUUUACGGAUGGGCCAUGAGCCAAGCUUUACCAACCCAUGACUUCCGGUGGCAUGACGGACCUCUUAACUUCAUGGAGAUGGCUGACGAUGCGGAAGAAGGAUGUAUCCUUGAAGUUGAUCUGGAGUAUCCAAGGGAACUUCACGAUGAUCAUUCGGACUAUCCUCUUGCUCCCGAACAAGUCGUCGUGACUCCUGAUAUGUGGUCACGUCACCUUACACGCGAGACCUGGUAACUAAAUUCCAAAUCCCACCGAGCAAUUCUACCAAACUGGUGCCAAAUCUGCGACCUAAGCAUCGGUACGUGAUAGAUUACCGAAAUCUGAAGCAGUAUGUUUCACUGGGGCUUCACGUGACAAAGAUCCAUCGAGUGCUGACGUUCAAACAAUCUCCUUGGCUUGCAACAUACAUUGAAUUCAACACUAGGCAACGUAAACUGGAUAAAUCUUUCGAAAAAGAUUUAUUUAAACUCUUAAACAAUUCAGUUUAUGAAUCAUCCUAUCUAUGUAGGCUUCAGCAUCUUGGAUUUAUCAAAAACGUUGAUGUAUCAAUUUCAUUAUGGAUAUAUCAAGAAAACAUAUGCAUUAAAGGCCCGUUUAUUAUUCACAGACACCGACAGUCUUUGUUACGAAAUAGAAACUGAUGAUAUUUUUCAAGACAUGGGCAACAAUCUGAACUUAUUCGAUACCUCAGAUUACCCAGAAAAUCAUCCCCUCUACAGCCUUACCAAUAAAAAGACGAUCGGUAAAAUGAAAGAUGAACUAUCUGGACAAAUUGCCCAAGGAAUUUGUUGGACUCAAGCCAAAAAUGUACAGCCUACUGAGUAACUCUACUGAGAAAAAAACUGCUAAGGGCGUAUCGAAAACCAUCCUUAAAAGAGAGAUUCGUCAUGUGGACUACUACGUUAACUGUAUUUUACAACAACAACGCGGCCUUGCCCAUGCGCAACGUAUUGCUAGCCACAGUCAUCAGAUAAAGACUGUGGCGUAUACGAAAGCUACUUUGUGUCCUUUCGAUACUAAACGGUAUCUUUUAGACGAUGGGAUACCGUCCUAUGCAUACAGAUAUUAUGCCAUAUAAUUUUUAGUUUGAAUAAAUUUAUCUCAAAAUUCUCUGUACAUUCAAUCAAAAUUCUAAAAGUAUUUUAUUGUGGAAAUUUAUGAUGUAAAUAAGUGUAAUGAUAUGUCUUCAAACUUUAAUAAAUGUUUAUUUAAAUAUAUUAUUUCUUGUUUUGUACCUUAAAAAUCUAAGUCUUCAAUAAAGAGAGAGUUCUCUUAAUCUUUUUAAGAAAAUGUUUAACACGUUAGAAUAUUUUAAUCAAGUUACAAUAAUUAAUCUGGCAAUUUAGAAAAAUUAAUUUUAGUUUUAUCAAAAAAUGGAAAGUUAGAAAAAUUAAAAAUCUAGUUGAACAGCUAUAAGUAGAAUUGUUUUUCGAAUAAGAAUUUAGUUAAGAUGGAACUAUUGAAAUUGAAGCAUCCUUUCACGAUGUUAACUGCUGGUCCUAGUGGUAGCGGAAAAACCAUGUUUAUUAAAAAAUUAAUGGACCACCAAAUGAUCACUCCUUUUCCUCCUAAAAUUAUUUGGUGCUAUGGUGCUUAUCAAAGUCUUUACGAUGAGAUAAAUCAUAUUGAAUUUUGUGAUGGUUUGCCUGAAAACAUCCACGAUCAGCCAUUGUUGUAAAUACAGACAAGUCCACAGAACCUGGAGGGCAUUGGAUAGCCUUUUUUCAAGAUGAAGAAUUAGAAUUUUUUUAUUCUUAUGGACAAUCUCCAGAUAUUUUGAAUUUCACUGUUCAAAUGUAAAAUGGAAUAAUAUUUCAUUACGGAGUGUAACUUCUAAUGUAUGUGCAGCAUACUGUAUUUAUUAUGUUCUUAAACGAAGCCAAGGCCAGUCUAUGUAUACCAUUAUUGAAAAUUUAUAUAAAAUAAGUGAUAUUAACCUGUAUCAAUUCGUGAAAAAAACUUAUAAUGUAAGAAUGAUUUUUAAACA